AUCAAAUCUCUCUGUUUCUAAAAAAAUCAAAAAACCACUUUUCACAUUCACCAAAAAUUUGAAAACAAAUGGCGCCAAAAUCAGCAGCAGAGAAAAAACCCGCAGAGAAGAAACCCGCAGCGGAGAAAGCCCCAGCAGAGAAGAAACCAAAAGCCGGAAAGAAGCUUCCGAAAGAAGCGGGUGCAGCAGAUAAGAAGAAAAAGAGGAGCAAGAAGAGCGUGGAGACAUACAAGAUCUACAUCUUCAAGGUGUUGAAACAAGUUCAUCCAGAUAUCGGGAUUUCAAGCAAGGCGAUGGGGAUCAUGAAUUCGUUCAUCAACGAUAUUUUCGAGAAGUUGGCACAGGAAAGUUCAAGGCUUGCAAGGUACAACAAGAAGCCGACGAUUACAUCGAGGGAGAUUCAGACUGCUGUGAGAUUGGUGCUUCCUGGUGAGUUGGCUAAGCAUGCUGUCAGUGAAGGGACUAAGGCGGUUACCAAGUUUACUAGCUCUUAAGAUAGAUCCGUUUGAUUUGGGUUAUGUUUUAGUGAUAUGGUUGUAGGUUUUUAUGUUUAGUUCUCAAAUGUUUUAGGGUUUGUAAAAAUUUCAGUAUGUGUGUUCUUGAAUGAUAUGGAAGGUCUAGAAUUCUAGUGGAUGUUGCUUUUUAAUCUGCAAA